UGGCAACAAAAUCCUCCAACACUUCCCUCCCAUCCCCUUCCUUCCUUCCUUCCUUCUCCUUGGUCAAACCGCCUUUCUCUCUUCUCUAUCCUCCCCUUAAAAAAAGUAGCACCCGGAGAACCGAGAGGUUGGGAAUCCAGGCCGGAAAAAGGGGGCACCUUACUCUCUCUCCUCCUGUUCUUGCGGCAGGGAGGGUUCUUUCGGUGCGCUUCUCGUUUUCUGGGGGCGAGUUCUUGGUGAGUGGAGUCAGUGGAAGACCUAACCUCCUCCUCACCUGUCCCGGCAAGAUCUUUGUUUCCUCGUUUGCGGCUGUUCCGUUAUCGGUUUGGUUGGUGGAAGAACCAAAGUGAUCGAGAAAGGCAAAGUCUUGUCCGAAAUUCUGUUGUCUUUGCAGGGGAAAUUUUAGGUUGUUAGGUUUUGUCUGAAUUGUUCCUUCUCCGCCGCCGGCGGGAGCAGGGAGACACAUGAUCUGCAUCAGGUUCUGACUUAACUUGUCUCCCUCUGCUCCAAUCCAUCCAGGCGCCUUCGCUUUUGGGGAAGAGAAGAGGGAUCAAUCAUUCCGUAUCGGAGCUGAGGAAGAUUUCUUGAUCACAUGACCGGCGCCAGCGAUCGUGGAUCAAUCAUGGAGGACUGGAUGGCCAUGCCCCCAACACCCAGCCCGAGAACACUCAUGUCAAACUUCUUGAAUGAAGACUUCAGCUCUGGCCCAUUCUCUAAUUUGUUUGGCGAACAUGGCAGCAACAAGCCCCAAGAUCAAUCAGAGAAGCCUGGAGAACUUGUGGAUUUGAGGGAGCAAGUGCCUGCUCAAUCAGCUAAAACAACUCCCCAAAAGGAUUUUACCCUGCAACCAAAUUUUUUCAAUGCUAAUCAGAAAUCAAACCCACAUGGCGGUCUGGCUGAGCGCAUGGCUUCAAGAGCUGGUUUCAGCAUCCCAAAGAUUGAUACAUCUCGCGUUGGUUCAUCCACAGUUGUUCGAUCACCUAUAUCAAUUCCACCUGGUCUUAGUCCAAAUACUCUCCUUGAGUCACCAGUGUUUCUUUUCAAUAAUAUGGCACAGCCAUCUCCAACCACUGGAAAAUUGCCAUUUUUGAUGGCUACAGAUGCUAACUCAACAAUGCCACCAGCUGCCAAGAUGAACGAUCAUAGCACAUUUAGUAAUGAUGUUUUUUCCUUCCAGCCCCACUUAGAGUCAAAAGUCCCAAGUUUCUCAUAUGUGGAAAAGGGUUACAAUGCUUGCCACCAAAACCAGUCAUUGUCAAAUAUUCAUCAGCAGGAAUCUAGUCUUCAGUCAAGCUUUACUGCAAUCAAGGACACUGCUGAUGAAACAAUUGCUCAACCAAAGACAUCCGACUCUAUGUUCGGUGAUAAUCACUCUUCUGAAGAACAGGACGAUGAUGAGGCAGACCAAAAUGGAGAAUACUCUUCUGCCACAAUUAGCACCCCAGCUGAUGAUGGAUAUAACUGGAGAAAAUAUGGGCAGAAGCAAGUGAAGAGCUGUGAGCAUCCAAGGAGCUAUUACAAAUGUACACACCCAGAUUGCCCUGUGAAGAAAAAGGUGGAGCGUUCUGAAGAUGGUCAGAUAACAGAGAUAAUCUAUAAGGGUAGUCACAAUCACCCUUUGCCACCUCCAAACCGUCGCCAAGGUGUCCCUUUGUCACACAACAGUGAUCCACAAGUCCAUGUUCUUGAGAGGCCUGGUUCACAUGAAGGGCUCAACUCUGCAUCUUUGUGGGGAAAUGAUAAAAGUGGAUGCCUCCAAGAUGUGCAAAAUGAAGGUGUUGAGGGAAGACCAUCUGCUUCUCCUCAUGCAUCAGCAUAUGGUGAUACAUCUACCGUGGAGUCCCAAGAUGCAGUUGAUGUCUCGUCAACGCUGUCUAAUGAUGAGAUGGACAGGGCAACACAUGGCACUGUUACUAUAGACUGUGAUGGUGGUGAAGAUGAAACUGAAUACAAAAGAAGGAAGCUGGAUGCUUUGGCUGUUGCUGCCAUUCCUACUGCCACUACCACCAGUACAAUUGACAUGGUCGCUGCAGCAUCGAGAGCCAUCCGGGAGCCUCGUGUUGUUGUUCAGACAACAAGCGAGGUAGACAUCCUUGACGAUGGUUAUCGUUGGCGCAAGUAUGGUCAGAAGGUUGUUAAAGGAAAUCCAAAUCCAAGGAGCUACUACAAAUGUACACAUGCUGGCUGUUCAGUGCGCAAGCACGUGGAGAGAGCAUCGCAUGAUCUGAAAUCCGUCAUCACAACAUAUGAGGGAAAGCACAACCAUGAAGUUCCAGCAGCCAGAAAUAGCGGGCAUGCGAGCUCUGGUUCCGGCAGCGCUCCACCGUCUGCGCCUCAGGCCAACCUCUCACACCGCAGGCAAGAGCAACCGCAAGGCACCUUUGCUCAGUUUGGUGGUGCAUCUCCCUUUGGUUCCUUUAGCAUCCCGCCCAGGGGCCAGUUGGGAGGGGCACCUGGCAAUUUCCGCUUCGGGAUGGCCCCACCAGGCAUGUCGAUGCCGAUGCCUGUUGCCCGUCAUCCGUCAAUGAUGCAGGGCUUCCCAGGGCUCAUGAUGCCAGAAGGACAGCCGAAGGCAGAGCCAGGGACGCAGUCCAGCUACCCGAUGGCAAAUGCAGCUUACCAGCAGAUGAUGAUGAACAGGCCCCCUUUUGGUCCUCAGAUGUAAAUAAUACUAGGAUGGAAAGAAAGGAAAGAGAUAGAGAUGUGCUCCAGCUUGCCUGUAAACAUGGUAGAGAAUUGCUACAACAUAGCUUCGUUUUAGUUUUUCUUGGUCACUCCAUUUCUUUUUAUCUUAUGGGCAUUUUUUAUGCAAAGAAUGAAUAGGAUGAUUCUCAUGUCUUUCAGUUUU